CGCUCCAUAUCACAAUCCAACUCCACCAAAACAUCUCAGAUCCAAACCCUAACCCUUUUCGUGAUUUCGGGUCCUCCGGUCGGAUCCCGCUGCCGGAAAAUUGUCAGGUUUUUGAGCCUCCAUUUUCAGCGUCGCGAUCAUUAUAUUCCGGUCAACUGAUCAAAAAUCAUCAUAAAAUUAAAUAUAGAAGUAAAAUCAUUAAAUAUUUUUUUUUUCUGAUCAGACGUUUCAGAAGUUCAUGGUGUAGGUGGAGGUGGGGGAUUUAUUAGUUUGGGUGCCUGUUUUGGUUAGCCUUUAAAUGAAGCUUGGUAUAAAAUGAAUGAUGGUUAAGUCGUCGUUGCUCUCCAUCCUGAGAGAAGUUCGAUUAUGAGUUCAGUUUAAAACAGUUGACACAGAGUAGAUAUUUUAGUACCUAGUCCAUGUUAUGGAAAUAAUAAAUGAGGUCCCCGCCAAGAAAACAAAAAGGUUGACUUCUAUUGUCUGGAAUCAUUUUGAAAGAGUCAGGAAGGCAGAUGCACAGUAUGCUGUUUGCAUCCAUUGCAAAAAGAAACUGAGUGGGUCGAGUAACAGUGGUACGACUCAUUUGAGGAAUCAUUUGGUGCGGUGCCUGAAGAGGUCAAAUUUUGAUGUUUCUCAAAUACUUUCUGCAAAGAGGAAGAGAAAUGAAACUAGUCAGAGUCCUCUCCGUCAAAGUAAUCUUGCUGUAGCAGCCAUCAGCUAUGACGACGGCAGAAUAAAAGAUGAAAUCCUCAAUCCUUUGCCUCUUAAGUAUGAACAGGAGCAGAAGAAAGAAGAAGCUAUCCAAACAAUCAAUUUGGGAAGUGUUAAAUUUGAUCAAGAGCGCAGUCGGUUGGAUCUUGCUCGAAUGAUUAUGCUACAUGGUUAUCCCCUGGCAAUGGUGAACCAUGUUGGAUUUAAAAUAUUUGUCAAGAAUCUCCAGCCAUUAUUUGAAGUUAACAACAACGAUGGAGCCAUAGAGAUGGAUUGCCUUACCAUCUACAACAAGGAGAAACAUAAGUUAUACGAGACAAUUCGCCAUUUUCACGGUAGAAUCAGCCUUGCUGUUGACAUGUGGGGUUCAAGUGAAAGUGCUGGAUAUGUGUGCCUUACUGCUAAUUACAUUGAUGACGACUGGAGGCUACAAAAGAAGAUGCUUAAUUUCAUAUCAUUGGAUCCAUCCCAUACUGAUGACGUGCUUUCAGAAGUCGUUAUUAAGAGUUUGACAGACUGGGCUAUUGAUCACAAGUUGUUUUCCAUGACAUUUGAUGAUUGUUCUGCCCAUGAAAUUAUGGUGUUCAGGAUUAAGGACUGGUUAUCCCAGACUAGACCAUUUUUCAAGGAUGGUGAGUUAUUUGAUGUUCGAUGUGUUACCCAUCUUUUGAAGUCCAUUGUGCAAGAAGUCAUGGAAGCAUGUCACGACUUGAUACAUAAAAUUCGUGAGAGUGUAAGGCACGUCAAGAGUACACAAACAUUACUUGGAAAAUUUAAUGAAAUCGCUCAACAAGCAGGAAUCAGCAGUGUUAGGCGUCUGGUUCUCGACUGUCCGAUGCAGUGGAAAUCUACGUACCUGAUGCUUGAAUCGGCAAUAGAAUAUAGGGGUGCCUUUUCUCUUUUGCAAGAGCAUGAUUCCUCCUACACAAAAGCUUUAUCUGAAAUAGAGUGGGAAUGGGCUAGUUCUAUUGCAGGUUUCCUUAAAUUUCUUCUCGACUUCACUACCAUUGUAGUAGGAAACAAGUAUCCAACUGCCAACAUAUUUUUUUCGGAGAUAUGUGAUAUGCACAUUCAACUAAUUGAGUGGUGUAGGAGCCCUGAUGAUUUUCUUAGUAGUGUAGCCUUAAAGAUGAAAGACAGAUUUGACACGUAUUGGAGCAAGUGUAGCAUGGCUUUAGCUAUUGCAGCAAUUCUAGAUCCUCGUUUCAAAAUGAAGUUGGUCGAGUACUACUAUGGACAAAUUUAUGGCAGCACCGCCCCUGAUCGCAUUAAAGAAGUUGCUGCUGGUCUUAGGGAACUCUUUACUGAGUACUUGAUGGCUUCAUCUUCUCCCGAUCAAGAUUCAGUUUUAUCUGGCAGCAGCUUACCCAGUACCAGCAGUGCUGCUAGAGAUAAACUUAAGGGUUUCGACAAGUUCCUGUACGAAACUUCCCAAAGUCAGUGCAUGUCAUCAGAUUUAGAGAAGUACCUAGAGGAGCCUGUAUUUCCCCGCAAUUGUGAUUUCAGCAUAUUAAAUUGGUGGAAAGUUCAUACACCAAGGUAUCCGAUCUUGUCUGUGAUGGCGCGUGAUAUUCUUGCUAUUCCCGUGUCUACUCUUGGACCAGAGGUAGCAUUCAGCAACAGGGGCAGAACACUAGACCAGGAACAUAGCUCGCUAACUCCAGAUACCAGAGAAGCUUUGGUAUGUGGGCAAGACUGGUUGAGAACGGAACCAGAAGCAGUCAGCCUGGCUCUGAUCAACGCGCACGCGCCCUUGCAAAUUUCAACCGAAACAAAUUGAUCUGCGCCGACAAUGGUUGACGAAUGAAAAAGCUGAUUAUGCCGACUCUUCCAGUUUUCUUCUCAAUUUUUUUUAACUUUUUUCUCAUGAACAAUUUGUACUAAUGUUGCCUGCCUAAUUUUUACUCUGCUUUUAAAUAUGAGAGAUUUUACUUUGUCAA